GCCUAGACUGUAAACUUCGGGGUUUGGCACCGGCCUCCUUCCCAGAGUGCUGCCCAAAUCCCGCUCCGAGGCAGCUAAUCAGAGCUACUGCAGCACGGGGGGAGCAGCGCUGGAGCCGGGCUUGUCCAGCUCGCAGCUCUCCGCAUGCCUGGCGGGUCUGUCCGGCUGUCUGUCGGCCCGUCUGCGGGAGUACUCCAGGUGCGGCGUAGCACAGCCCGCACCAUGUACGCACAGGGGCUGCUGGGGCUGGCGCUGCUGCUGGUCACCUCGGUGCCGGCCGGUCACCUCGCACCGCCGGCUGGCCCCCUGGCCCUGCGGAGCAGUUUGGGUGGUCCUACUUUGUGCCAGCUGUCCCGGACUGAGUCGGAGCUCAGGUGCCGUGUCCCAGGAGGGAAGUUGUGCAAUGACAGAGGCACAUGUGAGUGUGGAGUCUGCAUCUGCCAAGUGACUGAGUCUGGCAAAUACUAUGGUCCACUCUGUGAGUGCCAUGACUGGGUGUGCGAGACCUAUGAUGGGAAGAUCUGUGCUGGACAUGGAAAGUGUGACUGUGGGAAGUGCAAAUGUGAUGAAGGCUGGUAUGGUGAAGCCUGUCAGUAUCCAACUACUUGCAAUCUUACACGGAGAAAAAGCAAUGAAAUGUGCAAGAAUUCUCAAGAUAUCAUCUGUUCUGGUGCAGGCACGUGUCAGUGUGGCAGGUGUAAAUGUGCAAACUCAGAAGGAAAUGGACUGGUGUAUGGCAAAUUUUGUGAAUGUGAUGACAGAGAAUGCGUGGAUGACGAAACAGGAGAGAUUUGUACAGGCCAUGGAAAGUGUUACUGUGGAAACUGUUACUGUGAGGCUGGUUGGCAUGGAGAUAAAUGUGAAUUCCAGUGUGACAUCACCCCCUGGGAGAUCAAGAAAAGAUGCACAUCUCCAGAUGGCAAAAUCUGCAGCAACAGAGGCACAUGUGUAUGUGGGGAAUGCACAUGCCAUGAUGUAGACCCAACUGGUGACUGGGGAGAUAUUCAUGGAGAUACUUGUGAGUGUGAUGAAAGAAACUGCAAAGCAGUGUAUGAUAGAUAUUCUGAUGACUUCUGUUCAGGUCAUGGACAGUGUAAUUGUGGAAGAUGUGACUGUAAAGAAGGAUGGACUGGGAAAAAGUGUGAGCAUCCACGUUCUUGUCCAUUGUCAGUUGAGGAAAGUGCUAAGAGAUGCCAAGGAAAUUCUAAUUUGCUUUGCUCUGGAAGAGGGAGAUGUGAAUGCGGCCAAUGCACUUGUUUCCCUCCAGGAGACAACAGAGUUCAUGGCAAAAACUGUGAAUGUGAUGAUCGACAGUGUGAAAAUGCAGAAGGAGAUGCCUGUGGGGGCCAUGGCAUCUGCUCCUGCGGCCGAUGCAUUUGCCAGGAUGGGUGGUUUGGAAACUUGUGCCAGCACUCAAGGAAGUGCAACAUGACGGAGCAGGAGAGCAGAAGUCUCUGCGAGUCAGCGGAUGGCAUAUUAUGUUCGGGGAAGGGUUCCUGCCACUGUGGAAAGUGCAUCUGUUCUCCCCAGGAAUGGUACAUUUCAGGCGAUUUCUGUGAAUGCGAUGACAGAGACUGUGACAAACAUGACGGUCUCAUUUGCACAGGCAACGGUGUUUGUAGCUGUGGAAACUGUGAGUGCUGGGAAGGAUGGAAUGGAAAUGCUUGUGAAAUCUGGCUGGGGAGAGAAUACCCUUAAUGCAGGGUGUUAAAGACUGAGGAGGUUUUUUUGUUUGUUUUUCUUUAGGCUGCUAGAACAUUUAAUUUCAGAAGUGCUCAGUGUGUGGGUGUGCAUGUAAGCACACAUACAUGGUUUUAAGUACCUUAGAACACGUUUGAGGACCUGCUCCUUAAAGAAAUGCAUCAAAAAAACUAAAAAAGGGAGCAGGACAACCCCAGCUCUAGAGGGUGAAGUCAUAAAAUACCGGCCCUGUGGAACUCCUCCAGAGUUUUUUUUGUAAAUUCAGUGGAACUGAGAUUAUAUCUAAAAUGCUUGUUUCUUUAAGCAACCUUUGGAAAAAGCAUAAGAAAGCCUUUUUUAACAUUAUUUACUUGGUCAUCACCUCUCCUUAUCAAUCUUAACAAUACCCCUGUAGAGGAGUAACACUAGCUGAAUAUUUGUCAAAUAACUACUUUGAUUAAUUUUAUGGUGUUGGAAAAAUACAUUAUUUGACCUUUUUUCCUUUCUAACAAUCCUGAUUAUGCACCAGCUCAUAAAUUGAAAGAAGCUGUACAGAAGCCUAAAAAAACAUUAAUGAUUUUUUGUUUGGUAAAAUAAUUAUCUGAGAUCCAAUUACAAGACACCCAUAAACUGAAGACCCAAAAUGUUUGAAUAGACCCUUUUCCACAAAAAAACUUAGUUUCUGUGGUUAAUGUGUUAGUAAGUUGGUUAUCUAAUCUACAUACUACAAUACUUUCAAGUACAUAACCUAUGGGAACAUAAGGAAGGAAACUAAUAAAGAUAUAAAUGUGUGAUUGCCUAUUCUGAAUAUGUAUUCUGCAACUCAUAUAUACUUCUAUCACACUGUUCUGUGUAGUACAGUUGCCUCUUAAAAGUAAAGUAAAUGAAAAUUUGUUAUAUUGAAAAUGAAAAUAUGUCACUUUCAGGAUGAAAAUUCUGUCUACUAUUCGAAAUCAAUGUUUAGAACAGAUUACACUGUCACACAUGGUAUUCAUUGAAUUUAACUGCUUUUAUGGAAGUGGAAAACCUGUAAGUCAACUGACUUGAAAAAUCGUCUGUGCUAUGCAGCAGCUUGGUCUCAGCCAAAGACAUUUGGACAAUGUCAACAAAGUAAUUAAAGUUUUAAUACAGUAAAUACAAACAAAGCAGUGGUAUGAACAAAAAUUUUAUUUUUAUUUUCCAAUGGUGAAAUGCUGCUCAGUGUGAAAUUCACAUUGAGUAAUGAAUGAUGCACAACUAUUGGGACUUCCCUAACUUAUUUACAUAUGAGUCUCUUAAUUUUUUGUACACAUAGAUUUGGCAGCCCUUGAAUUCUUUAGAACAAAAAGAAGAAAUACACAUUUUAGUUUCAAAAGUGUUUACAUUUUGUGAAAUCAUGAUUGAGUGAGAAAAUUGAUUAAAUGGCUGAAAAAUAGUUCUUUUAGAUACCAAACUGUAACACUGGCAUUUAGGUGCCAAGGUCCUAAGAAGAGGUACAUGAUUCAGAAAUAAUGGAACUAUGUAUCAACCAAAUAAUGUAUUUCCAUUAUUUAUCUAGAAAUUAGUUUUCUUUUAGAAAGGACGGUUUUGAAAUUGGAAAAUACAAUGCUACAGAACACGUAACAGAAUGCAAAAUUUCAAAUUUAUUUAAUCGCCUUAUUAUUGCCCCUUCCCAUGUUGCUUGUUCUCUCACCCAGUUUUUUUUUUUAGCUAGCCUGUAUUAUUUCUUUCUAAAAAUGAAGCCUGUGAAACCCAUGUUCUCAGGGAGCAUAAUCACCAAACAUCCAAUUUAUAUAUAAGUUCUGCAGAUAGUAAUGAGACAUACAUCCUAAAGCUGUUACCUGCUCUCUUGUUAGAUAACCAAAAUAUCAGACAGAGUUCUAAAAGAUAUUGAUACAGUAUAAAGCUCCAAAAUAAACUCAUCUUGAAAUUUUAGUUUAUAUUUUAUACUUGUAACCCUUAAGCUCCAUGGAACUGAACAGAAAUAUUUUCUUAAGUUUUAGCAUAUAUGCAUUUUGCCAACCCUAGUGUCUGGAGAGCACAGAUUGUUGCUUUUAUAUAUAUUUACGAAUACAGCUGACCUGAAUCACCUUAUAAUCAGUGGGUUUUUUGCAUAUACAUUCAUCUGCUGAAUCAGAGUGGAAACAGUGAAGGAUACAAAGUUUUCCUUUAUUUUCUUCCAUCUGUAUUUAGUACAGUAAUAAGAAAAUAUCAGAUAAUCAAAACUCUUAUCUGGUGUCAGUAGAUGCUUUUGGCUUGUUCAUGCCAUCAUUAGCAGGUUUAUAUAUACUGUAGACCAGCUGUGGUAUUUCAGAUACUCAUUCAUAUAUAAAAGAACAAUUCUUUAGCUGGCUGCAGUAUCGUAUAUGAUGCAUUUUACUUUGUAAUUUGAUUUAAUUUUAAAUUUAUAUACUUAAAGAAUGUAAGUUAAUUCUUAUUUCUAGUUUGUUUGGGUUUUUUUGAAAAAAACAAUCAACUCCAACAUUUUGACUACUGGACGGAUUACACAGCCACAGUAUUUCUGUUAUCCAAGUUGUUUUUUAUAUUACAUAUGGAAAAAAAAAUAGGAUAUCUACAACGGUUACUCUCUGUGUUUCAUUAAAAUGCAAUUAUCAAAAAAAACGGUGCUAUUACUAUAAACCAUAAAGUAUUAACUAAGACUAUUAAAAAUGUAAUGUUCACAUUAAUUUUUCUCCAAUUUUUAUUUUGUGUCUUAUAACAUUGCUUGAACAUUUCCCCUCUUCAUGUUGAGGUAACUGGUGGUGUAACACCCAGCAGAUCUGUUUUGUGGCUGAUUUUCUCACUAAAAAAUGAGAUUGGAAAAAAUAAGAUUAUUAUUCCACAUAUGUGAAUAUAAUAGCUGUAAUAUCAAAUUGUUGUUUUACACCUCAUUCUGUAUGAUGGGAAUUCUAGAUACAUAAACUGUAAAAGCAGGAAGAGGCAUAAGGAAGUGAAACAUACUGCUUGAUUCUUUACAGCUAGUGACCGUAAAAACUUUCUCCCAGGCCUGUGACAAAAGGCAAAAUCAAAUUGGAUAAAUGAGGAUUUUGUACUGAUUAAAUUAGUAAACCUUAUGAAAAAAAUAUUAUGUCCUUGCUUUCUUAUGAGAGAAAGAACACAAUCCAGAAGUGUGCUGAAUGCUUCUAUAACAGACUUGCAGGAUAAUGCCUACUGUAUAUAACUUAUCUGUAAUAUCAGCUAUAAAACAACUGUGGAUUGAUUUGCUUCUAUAAAUUAUUAACCUGCUUGUGACCCUUUUUUUCAGUGGCCACACUCUUUUUUAGAAACAGGCAGAUGAACAUUUAAUCAUGUACCUGCUCUCAAUUUUUUGAUGAUUUGCCCAUUGCUUCUUAGCAGAAUGACAUCUCACUGUAGCUAAAGGAUACAGCUACAUGAUACUGGGAUGAAGAAAGCUCAGUUGAAUAUUUCUGUGACUAGGUAACAGAACAAAAAUUUUAUUAAAUCUUUAAAAAUAAGUCAUAGCAUUUGCAUUAGUCAUCACCAAAAAAACCCCUCUUAUUAAACAUUUUAGAAUGCAUUGCACAGAAUAUGAAUUUAUCUAAAGGGUCAUCUAAAAGAAAGAGAACCUUCUCAUUUAGUCUAAUUUUAUUUGCAUUCCCAUUUGAAUGGAGCUGAAUAAUUUCUUCUUUAUACCAAUAAACAGAAGGAUCAGCAAGACAUACUUUUACUGCAUGGACCAAACUGACUGAUUUCAUAUCUCAUUGCUUAAACUAGUAUUAAAUUAAGACAAAAAGUUUCCCUACAUAUAUAUAUAUAUAUAAAGCCAGAGUUCUUAGUGUUGUGUCAGGUAUAUGCCAUAGUCAAAGUGAAUAUCUUUAUGAGGGUGAGACGGUGGGGAGAGAGGGGAGAGGUUUAGUAAGAAUCAACAUGACUACACCAGUUAAACUUUAUGAAAAUGACAAUAUAUUAAAAAAUCAUUUGAGAAUGGCUAAAACCCCCAACAAGUUAAGCAAAGGCUGUGUUAUGUGAACCACAAAGCACUUAAAAGGAGCUAGAGCCCUUUCUAUAGGCUCUAUCAUGUGAGCAAUCUCAUAAGGAUUCUUGUGUAUUUAUAAAACUUUUGAAGUACAACAAAAUGGUGCUUUGUUGAAAUAGUUCAUAUCUACUUAAAACUGGAUUUCUGAAACUGAAGAUGUGAUUGAUUUUGCCAAACAGAACUGUAGCUGAAAUACAGACUUAAAAAAAAAGGGAAGAGAUAAUGACUAUAUGCAGUGUUAACAUAUAAAAUGGUAAGA